GGCUCCGCUAGGGCGGGGGUCGCGGGUUCGAAUCCCCCCCCGGCGGCAGCAGCGGCGGGGGCCGCGGGUUCGAAUCCCCCCCCGGCGGCAGCAGCGGCGGGGGCCGCGGGUUCGAAUCCCCCCCCGGCGGCAGCAGCGGCGGGGGCCGCGGGUUCGAAUCCCGCCGUGGGCAGCAGCGGCCUGGGGAUGGGCCGCGGGUGAGGCGGCGGGCACCGGGCACCGGGUCCGGUCCCCGCUUGGCUCCCAGCCCUCAUCGUGGGGCUGGCCGGGCCCGGGGACGGGCCGCAUGUUCCCCUCGGCAGCACGGAGCCGCAGCCCGAGCCAGGAGCCGGCCCGUCGGCAGCGGGCGGUGGGCCCGGGGUGGUGGUGGCGGAGGAGAAGGAGAAGGAGGAGAAGGAGGCGGCGAUGGAGGGGCUGGCCGGGUACGUGUACAAAGCGGCGAGCGAGGGGCGAGUGCUGACCCUGGCCGCCCUGCUGCUGAACCGUUCCGAGAGCGACAUCAAGUACCUGCUGGGCUACGUCAGCCAGCACGGCGGGCAGCGCUCCACGCCCCUCAUCAUCGCCGCCCGCAACGGCCACGCCAAGGUGGUGCGCCUGCUCCUCGAGCACUACCGCGUGCAGACGCAGCAGACCGGCACGGUGCGCUUCGACGGCUUUGUCAUUGAUGGAGCGACAGCUCUCUGGUGCGCAGCGGGGGCCGGACACUUCGAGGUGGUCAAGCUGCUGGUGAGCCACGGCGCCAACGUGAACCACACCACGGUGACCAACUCGACUCCCCUGAGGGCCGCGUGUUUCGACGGCAGGCUGGACAUCGUCAAGUACCUGGUAGAAAACAACGCCAACAUCAGCAUCGCCAACAAGUACGACAACACCUGCCUUAUGAUCGCGGCGUACAAAGGCCACACGGACGUGGUGAGGUACCUCCUCGAGCAGCACGCAGACCCCAACGCCAAAGCCCACUGCGGCGCCACGGCCUUGCACUUCGCGGCCGAGGCCGGCCACCUGGAGAUCGUGAGGGAGCUGGUCAAGUGGAAGGCGGCGAUGAUGGUCAACGGGCACGGCAUGACCCCGCUGAAAGUGGCCGCCGAGAGCUGCAAGGCAGACGUGGUGGAGCUGCUGCUGGCUCACGCUGACUGCGACCGGAGGAGCCGGAUCGAGGCGCUGGAGCUGCUGGGCGCCUCGUUCGCGAACGACAGAGAAAACUACGACAUCAUGAAGACGUACCACUACUUGUAUUUGGCGAUGCUGGAGAGGUACAGGGACAGCGAGAACAUCAUCGAGAAAGAAGUUCUUCCGCAAAUCGAAGCCUAUGGAAACAGGACUGAAUGCAGAACUCCUCAGGAAUUAGAGUCUAUAAGGCAGGACAGAGAUGCCCUUCACAUGGAAGGCCUCAUUGUGCGGGAGAGAAUUCUGGGCUCGGACAAUAUCGAUGUGUCUCACCCCAUUAUUUACCGGGGGGCUGUUUAUGCAGACAACAUGGAGUUUGAGCAGUGUAUCAAGCUGUGGCUCCAUGCCUUGCAUCUGAGGCAAAAAGGCAACAGGAACACGCAUAAGGACCUCCUGAGGUUUGCCCAGGUCUUUUCUCAGAUGAUACACUUAAACGAGCCCGUUAAAGCCAAGGACAUCGAGAGUGUCCUGAGGUGCAGCGUCUUGGAAAUAGAGCAGGGCAUGUCCCGGAUCAAAACCACCCAGGACGCCGACAUCCACACAGCCAUGGACAACUACGAAUGCAACAUUUUUACCUUCCUCUACUUAGUCUGCAUCUCUACCAAGACCCAGUGCAGCGAGGAGGAUCAGUCGCGGAUCAACAAGCAGAUUUAUAACCUGAUUCAUCUCGAUCCCAGGACGCGGGACGGCUCGAGCUUGCUGCAUCACGCCGUCAAUUCCAGCACGCCCGUGGACGACUUCCACACGAAUGACGUCUGCAGCUUUCCGAACGCGCUCGUCACAAAACUCUUGCUGGAUUGUGGUGCCGACGUGAACGCUGUGGACAACGAAGGAAAUAGUCCGCUCCACAUCAUCGUCCAGUACCACAGGCCCAUCAGCGACUUCUUGACAUUGCAUUCCAUCAUCAUUAGCCUGGUGGAGGCUGGUGCUCACACAGACAUGACGAAUAAGCAGAAGAAAACUCCCCUGGAUAAAAGUACAACGGGGGUGUCUGAAAUACUCCUUAAAACUCAAAUGAAGCUGAGUCUCAAGUGCCUGGCUGCCCGAGCAGUACGGAUCUAUAACAUCAGCUACCAAAACCAGAUCCCCAGAACUCUGGAAGAAUUUGUCAAGUUUCACUAGGCUACAUAAGAUCUUUCAUGGUGGUGCUAUCCCGUGACGACAUCCAUUGCAGACCACAGAAUAUGUGUGUGUACAUGGAGUUGUGUUUCUCUCUUCUGUCACUUUGGUUCCUUUGGAUUCAGUGUGCAGCCUCAGUUCUCAUGCAGAUCUCGGGGAAAAAAAAAGCCACACAAUUUUCCUGUAGUCAAAUCUGGUGUUGGAGGUUUUGGUCAUUUCUUUUAAUUAAAAAAAAUAAUAACUGUUUUGUUAUCUCUUGUUUUUAUAAACAAAAGGAAAA